GCCCCGGUAGGUUUAUCUUGUGACUACGGCGGCCGCUUCUUCCUUCCUCGAGCUUGGAAGUUCCUUAGCAGCGAUGCAUGUCUUGACCGCCGCGAUCCUACUCCUGGCGCUCAGCGCCUCCGCCCUGGCAGAGCCGGUGCAUUACCUGGACUGCGGUUCCGGAGUUGGAGUUAUAAAGGAAGUGAAUGUGAUCCCAUGCCCCGUCCAGCCCUGCCAUCUGCAGAAAGGACAGUCUUACACAGUCAACGUCACCUUUACCAGUAAUACUCAGUCCCAAGGGAGCAAAGCCGUGGUGCACGGCAUCGUGAUGGGCGUCCCGAUCGCCUUUGCCAUUCCCGAGGCUGACGGCUGUAAGAGCGGCGUCACCUGCCCCAUAGAGAAGAACAAGACCUACAGCUACAUGGCUAAACUGCCCGUGAAGAGCGACUACCCCUCUAUAAAACUGGUGGUGAAGUGGGAACUUCGGGAUGACAACAACCAAUGUUUCUUCUGCUGGGAAAUCCCAGUUCAGCUGGAAAACUAGAGCUGUUUGAUGCCAGUAUGUCCAUCUGGGGACCAGAGAGGGAGAAGAGGAAAAACCGAAUCCACACGAAAUCAGUGCCAUAAGAUGAAAGGAAUUUGUAGGCUGACGUCUUAUGCCUCUCGACCUCCAACCGCAACCAAGACCCCGUUUCCUGAGAGCUCAGAACUGCUGCCCUUGUAGUAUCUUGUAAAAGAGUUGAAGGGAAGGAGAGAGAGAGUCUGGAGGGGUCAAUUUAAUUGUCUUCAUUGAUUUCUGCUGUUGGAAUAAGGAGGGUCCAGCCAGACAGGACCUGCUGAGGGACACGGGAUAACCUGCCUCGGGGUUAUUGGCCUUCGUAGCGGAGGAGAGGUUUCAAACCACGUUCCUCCAGCUGGUCUGUCACAUCUCCAAGUGCCUCACUGCAUUCGCUGCAUCUGGCCAGCAAGCCUGCUGACUUUUGACAGCACCUCCAGCUCCGUGGCUCCGACAGUGGUGAUGAUGACGUGCUCCGAAGCGGUGCCCAGCGGUUCUGGGGGAGGGGGGCGUGGUCUGCGGCAGAACGUCAACUCUGGGUGGCCGGUUCUCUGCGGUUAUGUCCUGUCUUCUUUUCCGUCUUAGGUGGUUUUCAUUAAAUGCAACACUUAAUUCGCAGAAGUUUGUCUGUUUGUUUAACAUUAAUUUGUGACUUCUUUAUGCACCUGGAAAAGUCCUUUGAAUAAAAGUCUUGGUAGUCUCCUGUA